UCCCUCACCCCCUCUCACUUUCUCGCAGUCUGUGCGGGAGUUAGGCUGGAGUCACGUUCUCCACAGUUCCUGCAGUCUGCAUCUCAAAAGUGUCUCUGCAGUGUCUCAGACGACUUCAGAGUGGACCAUUUUAGCUUUGUUGACUGGCUUGGUUGACUUCAGACUUGAAUUUGAAUGGAUUUACCAGAAGAAGGAUUCUUUUAAACAAUGAGAAUGAUGUUUUAUUGUUUUAUGGUUACUUGUUCCUCAAUCAGAUGAUUAAAGGAAGAACAGCAAUGAAGAGGAUCCAACCUUUUACUAUUGGGACCAAGUUAUCUGUCCCCUCCGAAAACAAAUGUCUGGAUUUUGUGGGCAACAUCCUUCCUGUACCGGUUCUGGACUGCUGUGAACUAAAAAACAACUCUAACAAUGACGAUUCUCCUUUCCACGAGGAGAGAUUGUCCACAUCUACACCCGUGGAAGGACUUUCAGAUGAUAUUAAAGAGGAAGAUGACAGGGACUCUGCGUCCCCAUCAGCUUCUUCCAGAUCCAUCAGGAAGAUUGCUAUGUGUGCAAAUGUUGAAAGCCAGACUGUCAGUGACUUUAAUGUGACAAACCAUGAGACAAAUAAGCCAAGUACUUCUACUGAAAAGCUGUUUCUUGUUGAGGAAAGAUUGACUGACAAGUCCGGUGCACAGCUGGAGACUGAUCCAUAUACUAAAGGAAGGAAGAUAAAGAACCUUCAUUACGACUACAGCAUGCCAACUUUCCCACAUGAUCAACCAGAGGACGCGUCUCAGAGCCAAAGGAGAGACCUCAAAGACUUUGAGAACUCUCUCAUCCAACUGACGACAAGUCUGGACUUGAUGCAGGAGGAACCAGAAAAACCUCUUCAGAAGAAGACAGAUGCUGUAGAUUUAGGAUUGGAAAUGUUUAGAAGAAGACAAAGCCUGGGGGACCACGUUGACAAAUCGUGGCUAAAGUUGAGGUCACUCCUGAGGGACUAUCAUCAGGAUCUCAUGUUGGCUUUAGACGUCUCAUCAUUUUACCAACAAGCCGACAGCAUUAUUGGCGCCAUCAACAGCAAGAGGAACUGUGUACUGGUGGACGACAUCCCAAAAAGUGACAAAGAGACCAUAGAAAUUGCCUGUCAGAUAAGUAUGCUGAAUGAGUCUGUGUCUCGGCUGUCAACUCUCCACCCAACCCUGGCCAGAAGAGUUACAUGCAAACAGGCCGAGGUGAAGGAGAACUGGGCACUUCUCCAGGAGUUUCUCCGGAACCAGAAGACAGAUGUUUCUUCAAAACGCCCGUCAGCGUUACCCGCUGAUCCUCUAACCACAUGCCCUGACUCACAGAGCUUUGCUAGAAAUGAGGGUCACAGCAUAAUGGGAAAAGACGUCAAAGAAGAGCAAAACCGUCUCCGAGGAUUUGAGUGCUCUCAAGGCCUGUGGACCCAUAGGAUGUGGAGUCCGGUUGAGGAAUGUUCUAUAGGGAGUCAAGUCUCACUGUUGGAAAGCAGCUGUUCCAAGCUGGACAACAUCUCAGAAAAGCAGGACAGGAAGAGCUGUAUCGACCAGAUGGCUCAAACAACCCCUGUUUCCUCUCAAGAAUGUCUCAUACCCAAUAAGCUGUUGAAAGAAUCGACGACAUCCACUGGAAUGAAUGAAGAGCAUGACUGCUCAAAGCAAAGACAAGACCACAAAAUAGAGGAGCUCCUAAGCCAGGUGGAGGUCCUUUGGGAUGCUCUGCAAAAGAAAUAUGGAGAGAACAAUAAGACUGAACCGGCGGAAAAAGAACAAUCUGGAGAUGAAGCUGCACAGAUGGUUUCAGAUCUUACAGUUUCAAACAAUCUCCCGGAAAAAGUAGAGGAAGGCAGUUCAGGAAUGCUUGAAAAGUUCCUUGAACUUCUUGAUCCCAGUGGUUAUCACAAAAUAAAUCAGGAUGUUCCUGGAUCUCUGCAUAGGCAAGAAAUGGCUGAGGCUGCAGAAAUGUCACUAAAUCUACUGAGUCAACAAACUGAACAAGAAAGAUCUCAGAAGCAGGACCAGAUCACUAAUGAGCUACAAAGCUUGCUAUCUACUCUAACACUGCGGAUAAACCAGCACCUCUGCCGCUGUGCUGAGCUCAGUAUGGACCUCCUGGACAUAGAAACAGAUAUGACUGUGCUUUGUGACUCGGACCUCAGUGGUCUGGAGGGGCUACAGGAGCAGCAGGAUGACCUAGAGGCUCAUUAUAAUAUCAUUGAAGGAGAGGUGAGAGAAAUGGAGAGACUAGACAGUCAGCUAAAGGUUCCUUCCCCAGAACAGAGAGACCUUCUCAGGGAAGAGGUUCAGGCAAUCCUGCAGGCUUGGGAGGAAGUAGGCCGCAACAUGGCUGAAAACAGAAGCCGUCUGGAGAAGUUCCACCAGAUUCAGGACUACUUCGAAAACUAUCUUGCCAUGAUUACGUGGACAGAGAACACCAGAUCCUGUAUCCUUGCCGGUGGCUCUGCUUGGAGAGAGAGUGAAGUUGCAGAGAUUGAUCACAGCAUUGAAACCAAGCUGGAUGAGUUUAGCAAACUGGCUGCAGCUGGUCAAAUGCUUAUGCAAGAUGAGAGUCAGUUUAGAGACAUUAUCAAGGAGAGAACAGAUGAGUUGCAAAGCAUGCUGGGAUGGAUCCAGGUGAACUGGCACGUUCAAAGAGAGCAGCUUAAAAGAAACCAGAAUGGGAGACCAGAGUCAACAAAUGAUCCUGUUCAACAGCAGGCUAUACCUUUCAAAAAACCUUCUGAUGGUCUUUGCAUUAUAAAUGGAGAGGUCAAAGGAAGUACUCCUGAAACACAGCCCUCUCAAAACAACUUUGAGCAACAGAAUGGGAGGCAUGAUGUGUCCAGUGUUGUUAGUCAGGAGUCAUGCCUUUCAAAGACAUCCCUAGGCUCUAGCAUCUGUCUCAUUUUGAGCUUUGAUGACCAGUCUUCAGGCAUUAACCAAGUGACAAAGCAAUGGUCCCCCAACAAUAAUGAAAUACUUGAAGAGUCAGCAGGCAGCAUUCAGGCAGACAGCUGUCAAUCACAGGACACAACCUCAAUGCAAAUACAACAGCCACAAGAAAUUCUCCAGGAAAGAUGGCCGAAUGAAUCAGUCAAGAGUAAAGACACCAAACCCAAGUCAUCUUGUGUGAAUCUUGCACAGCUGCAAAUCAAAAACCAAGGAGAACCAGACCAGUCACCAAGCAAAGAAGAAAUAUCCAACCAGUUGUCCACAUAUAACACUGAAUCAUCAUUUUGCAAUCACCUACCAGAUAAUCUGCAGUCCAACAACAACCAAACAUAUCUGCAACCAUCACCAGAUGUCGAUCAGAUGCAAAAUCCUGAGAAUCAAGCACAAAAAACUCAGUCACAAAGCUACAGCCCGAACCGGAUGCAAAAAUCUGCACACAACAAUAUAGAAUCAAACCAAAACCAAAGUGACGACCACCUGCGGUCUGAAGUCACUCAUAGAGUGUUCACGUAUUUGCACGUCUCGGAUAGUUACAGAUCAACAGGGCAAGUCUUGGAGGUCACAUCCCCAACACAUGCAGCAGAAAAUGUCACACCUGAGAGGAGAACGGUUUAUAAUCACAACAGAUUCAAGCCAAGCUCUUUGUUCAAGCUGAAAGAGCCAAUCACAAAUGAGGAAGAAAACCAGCGAAGGAACUCUCUGCUUGGCUCUGUAGGAUCGGAAAGGUCUGGCAAACCUUCAAGCAUUUUCAGGCGAAGGUGUAACACUUGGCCAGAAGGAGAAGGGAGAGUGAAAGAAAGUCAAUCAAACUCCAAACUUCAGGUUUUUAUUAAAAAAAACAUGUUGCCGGUGAAUUCUGUCAUCGAUAACAAGUCCAACUCUUUUCCAGAAGACAACUUGCCUAAUGCUGUCAAGACUUCAAGUGGACCGGUUAAAAACAUCUGCUCUUAUUUGUCUCUAGGAUCCACUCUUAGCUUCAGUCUUCCCAAGUGCUUUCACAACAGUGUCUUAGACAUGCAAAAUAAAGAGGAGAUUCAACCUGUCCAGAUUUAUGAUGACUCAGACAACCAAAAAAUACCCUCAGCUCGAACGCCACAGUCAGAAAGGGAGGUAGAACCAGUGAUUCAUACUAAACAAACUGAAAUAAACCUGGAUACGGUUGAUGUGGAAGAUUUGGACAGUACAGCAGAACCAACCACUGAGGUUGAGACCCAACAGUUAAACCAAAUUUAUGAAAACACAGAACCUGUCUUGAGGGUUUUCACGUCGGUUGAAUAUGAAGAACCUGAUCAUGUUUCCGCCAGCUGUCACAAAGCCUCUUCUCCAGUGGUCAAUGGCUCUGCCUUGGUCACUCACUGCAGGCCUCUGUGUCCUUCUUCAUCAGGUGGUCACAGUUGCUUAAGUGUUUACACUAAAAUAAAAGACCUGAAUGGCCACUUAUAUUACACAUCCAAAUACAUGAAGAUAAACCCCUCCAAAAAAUUGUUCCCUAAUGGCCCAGGCUCUCGUAAGAGCGGCCGCGUCAUAAACUGUGGUGUGAGAGACUGUGCAGUGUGUUUCAGUGAUACAGUGAAAGAGACAAGUGUAGACUGGGCAGAGAAACCUGACAUAAGCACGGAGGAACUUCUUAAGCCAGGCCACUGGUUAUUCCAGCAGGAGGAAGAGGAACUGGAAGAUAUCUGGAGAGGAAGAGUGGGUAAUCUAACUUCAAACUGUACUGCGGAAACAAAUACGGAUGAAAAAACAGGGCUAUCAAUCAAAACCAACAGGGGACAGGUAGCCCACCCACUGCAUGGAUGAGAUGGCGGUUUUGGACACGUUAAUGGUCACAUCAUUGACUAGAUGGAUUAUUUCUUGGAUCAAUUUAUCUGCUGUACAUUUAGUAUGCUGUGUUUGUAUUAUUGUAUUUCAGUUGUAUUCUUCUCUAUAUCAACAUGGUAAAUUUAAUUCUAAGAUCAUGUCACAUACAAUGCAGUUUGAAAUUUCAUUACCAAACUCCAGAUGGCGCCCUUGUCACUCUUAUGCGUACUGUGCAGCAUUAGGUUAAACACAGAGGAAUGGUCAACCCAAGUACAAUAAAAAUGCACCUCUGUGCACACUCAUUUAGAGCUAAACAACAGAAUCAGCAUGCCCAGAGACCUCAUCCUGCUGAUUCACUGUGGAAAUAAUAACAACACUGCUAUGAGAAGGGCCUUGCAUAUGAAUUACACUCAAUGCAGUAAACUGUACAUCUGAGAAAACAGUUUGUUACUGUCACUAUUGUGGAGCAUAUAUGCAAUUGAAGGGAUUAUUACUGUGUUUGUGUGGUCAUGCUGUUUUGUCAUUCUCACACUUAUGUCACAAUAUUUUGCACAAAAUAAAACUGAAACCACAUCAAU